GACUAUAUACAACUCUGUCUGUAGUUGUAGUUAGCAUGUUGCUAGCAAGCUGUAAAGCCAACACAGAGUCAGAGAUCCCUGUGCUUCAGCCUGGAUUGGCCAGAUGGAGAGCUACCUGACCGUCUGUCAGUGUCACCUCAAUCCUCCUCCGGCACACGACCUGGGUUAAGUCCAGGUGACGAGAAAAUUGUCUCUCCAGCUGUUAAGGAUCAUGACUUGGUUCACAUUUCCUGCUGACAACCUGCUGUGCAGGUGUCUUUGCAUCUCCAUCACUGCCUGGUUGGCUCUUCUGUUUGUCUUUGGAAUUGUGCCAGCUGUACUUGGAGUCUCUUUUGGUGUCCGCAGACUCUACAUGAGGACACUUCUCAAGAUCUUUGAAUGGGCAACCUCACGAAUGGAGAUGGGAGCAAAGGAAAAAAAUGAGCAACUCUAUAAACCAUAUAGUAAUGGAAUCAUAGCCAAAGAACCAUCAUCCUCCUUGCAGCAAGAGAUCCAGGAGCUCAGAGGUUCUGCCAGCUGUCUGCGCUCAGAGCCGGAGUUUGAGAUGGCUGACAUCUUCUACUUCUGCCGGAGAGGUGUAGAGAGCAUCGUGGAUGACGAGGUGACCAAGCGCUUCUCGGCCCAGGAACUGGAGAGCUGGAACUUGCUGACUCGAAGCAACUACAACUUCCGUCAUAUCAGUCUAAGACUAACUGUCGUGUGGGGCUUUGGAGUCCUCAUCCGAUACGGCGUCCUGCUGCCUCUCAGGGUUACUCUGGCAGUCACUGGCAUUUGUCUGCUUCUAGUCCUGACUACCUUGGUGGGCUUUUUACCAAAUAGAGAGUUGAGAUCCUACCUGAGUGAAAAGAUUCAUCUGAUGUGUUACCGCUUCUGUGUGCGAGCUCUCACAGCAAUCAUCACCUACCAUAACAGAGAGAACAAACCAAAGAAUGGAGGUAUCUGCGUGUCCAAUCACACGACACCAAUUGAUGUCAUCAUCUUGGCCAAUGAUGGCUACUACUCUAUGGUUGGCCAGGUGCACGGAGGGUUAAUAGGAAUGGUUCAGAGAGCCAUGGUGAAAUCCUCUGCUCACAUCUGGUUUGAAAGAUCAGAAGUCAGAGACAGACAUCUAGUGGCCAAAAGGCUAAGUGAUCAUGUUGCUGACAAAACUAAACAGCCCAUCCUGAUCUUCCCCGAGGGAACUUGUAUCAACAACACUUCAGUGAUGAUGUUCAAAAAGGGCAGCUUUGAAAUCGACUGUACAGUCUAUCCUGUUGCUAUAAAGUAUGAUCCUCAGUUCGGUGAUGCUUUCUGGAACAGCAGUAAGUUUGGCAUGGUGAAUUAUCUGCUGAGGAUGAUGAGCAGUUGGGCCAUUGUGUGCAGCGUUUGGUACCUGCCGCCUAUGAACAAAGAGAAAGGGGAGGAUGCAGUGCAGUUUGCCAACAGAGUGAAAGCAGCCAUAGCUGCACAAGGAGGAUUAGUGGAUCUUAUCUGGGAUGGGGGGUUGAAACGAGCAAAAGUGAAAGACGCGUUUAAAGAAGAGCAGCAGAAACUCUACAGUAAAGUUCUUUUCGGUGAGCAGGACGAGGGGGGCCGAAGAGACAACACACAGUUAGAAGCUGAAAAUCCAGAAGAGGAUAAAAGUAAUCAAGAUGAAAAAAAUGACAAUGAAAACACAGUGAAUGCACCACGUAAUAAAUAGAGACCUCCACAUAUUAUAGAGUGACAUUUUACAUAAUGGUGAAUGUGAAUUAUCAGAAGUAGGACUUUAUAUUGAUUACUACUGUAACUGUAUUUUUUUUAUUUUUACCAACGUCUAAGUGGAAGAAAAUUAUUUAAUGUGAUAUUUAUGUGAUAUUUGUCAUUUUAUAAGUGUAAAAAAAAAUAUUUAUUUAAAUUUUUUGUACGAUGUGAAAUUGGGAGUAUGGUACAGGAAGCUCAAACACUGAAAGAUGUACAAAUAGUCUUUAUUUUUUACUAAUUGUUAGUAAACCAAAGUUCUAUAACAACCUCAACAUCCCUGCCUCCUUUUUCCAACCAUAUGAGCUUGUUGUAUAUCUGAUUAAAGCAAGUUA